CAGCUGCUCUUCUCUCUGGGUCACGGGUGAGGGGCCAGGGUGGCUCCUCAGAGCAAGGGUAGUAGUCCGGCCGAGGGGAGCCGGCUCUGCCCAGCUGCCACUGACCAGACCCCUGGGCCCCUCAGGAUGGCAAAGGAAACCUUCCCCUUCACCUCCUCCACGCUGCGCUCUCUCCGCCUGCAGCGGGAGUGGCUGGAGUGGGAGGACCGGCGCCGGGCAGCAGCCCAGCAAUGCCGGAGCCAAAGGUGCCCCCCAAGUUUCCGGGCACGACUCACUAGGCCGCGUCGCUCCUGCCGAGACCCAGCGGUCCACAAUGCCCUGUUCUCUGGCGACCUGCAAGAGAUCCAAGCCCUGUUCCAAGAUGAAGACACCGCCAACAUGAUUGUGGAGACUGUGAGCAACCAGCUGGCCUGGUCGGCUGAACAGGGGUUCUGGGUAUUGACCCCCAAGACCAAGCAGACGGUGCCCCUCACCAUCACUGCAGCCCGAGGCUACACCGACUGUGCCCGCCACCUCAUCCGGCAGGGAGCGGAGCUGGACGCCAGGGUUGGGGGCCGGGCAGCCUUGCAUGAGGCCUGUGCCCGGGCCCAGUCCGACUGUGUACGGCUGCUGCUGACCUUCGGUGCCAAGGCCAAUGUGUUGUCUGAGGAAGGCACGACCCCUUUGCACCUUUGCACAGCCCCUGAAUCCUUGCAGUGCGCCAAGCUGCUGCUGGAGGCGGGAGCAACCGUGAACAUGGCUGCACGGGACAGCGAGGUGACGCCCCUGCAUGUGGCGGCAGCACGAGGCCUGGAGGAGCACGUGGCUCUCUACCUGGAGCACGGAGCCAACGUGGGCUUGCGCACCAGCCAGGGUGAGACGGCCCUGAACGCGGCGUGCGCGGGGGCCGAGAGCCCAGGCAGUGACCGGCAGCACCAGGCCACCGCGCAACGGCUCCUGGAGGCCGGGGCGGAUGCGCGGGCGGCUGGGCGCAAGCGCCACACACCGCUGCAUAACGCCUGUGCCAACGGCUGUGGGGCUCUGGCUGAGCUGCUGCUACGCCACGGGGCCUGCGCUGGAGUCCCCAACGCAGCGGGCCACACACCCAUGGACUGUGCGCUGCAGGCUGUCCAGGAUGCCCCCAACUGGGAGCCCGAAGUCCUCUUCACUACGCUGCUGGACUACGGGGCCCAGCCUGUGCACCCUGAGAUGCUGAAACACUGUGCCAACUUCCCUCGGGCCCUGGAAGUCCUGCUUAAUGCCUAUCCUUGUGUCCCAUCCUGUGAUACCUGGGUUGACGCAGUGCUCCCAGAGCUGUGGCAGGAGCACGAAGCCUUCUACAGCUCUGCCCUGAGCAUGGUGAACCAGCCGAGGCGGCUGCAGCACCUGGCCCGCCUGGCUGUGCGUGCCCAAUUGGGUAGCCGCUGCCGACAAGCCGCCGCCCGUCUCCCACUGCCCCCGCUCCUCAGGGACUACCUGCUGCUCCGUGUGGAGGGGCGCAUCCAGUGAGCACGCCUGGCUGCUCCCACAGCUUGUCUUGCUUUCUCCAUCUGUUGUGCCCCCCAACCCUAGAGGGCCAAUUCCUGGCCCUCUGUCCACACUCCGUAUACCUUCCUGGGCCAGUUCCUCCCUCACUGGC